CUUCCUCAGAAAACUCAAACAUACCCAGUAAUAGUAUACACAACAACAAUGGCUUCCAAGUCAGUCUUAAUCUUUGCUCUUCUGUUCUCUGUUCUCAUUCUCUGCCUUCAAGGCACUUAUGCUGACCGUAUAGAAGGAUGGGAAGGUGGCCAUGGUUGGGGUGAUGCCUCUGACUCUGGUGCAAUUGGAGGUGGCUUCGGAAUUGGAAAUUGGGACAACCAAGGGUAUGGCUUUAGCAGUGGGUCUUGUUAUGAGUUGAAAUGUGAUAGUUGCUCCAAAUGGUGCCUCACUGGUGACGAAGAAAAACAGGAGAAAAGGGCCAAAAGGGGACGCAAGAAGUCCAGGGAAGGCGAUGAUGAAGAACGUACGGCUGCCCCAAGGAAGAAGAGAUGCGAGUGGAAAAAAACACUUAAAGAAAAGUUUAUGCUGGCAAUCACACACAUUGGCUUGGACAGUACGUGUUUCCAAUCAUCUCAACUCUCUUUUCCUUUCUAAUCUAC